CGUGUUGCGUAAACAAACCAACAUGUCAUGUUAAACGCGGUUGUUGUGUUCUUUUAUUUUCCCGGACUCUAAUUACUUCUGUAAUGCCGAACAGAUAUUUUACUUAUUGGCAGAAGAACUAAAUAAUAAAAAUAAUAAUAAUGGCUUCACAGUUAGAUUUCCAAUUGAAAACCUAUGAAUCUGUAGCAGAAAAUUUCAUCAAACUCUGUCGACAACAUUGCAGCAUCAGUGGUUAUUCCAAGCUGGAGAAAAAAUGUCGAGCUGAGCUGAAGUUCUUGGAAAAGAUGCACCAAAAGACAACUUCCGUCCGUAAAAGUCACCUUCGCAGCAGCAACCUUUACCAUUAUGCCGCCAUACUGUACACCGCAACCCAAUGUGCCUCAAAUCUUGUGGGAAUUUUACAACCUUUCAGCAGUCGUGGAUCAAGAAGUCUGAUGGUGGAUGUCGUUUGUGGACAUGGCCUAAUAUGGCUGAAAGUCAUAGCAAGGAAAGCUCAAGCACUUCAUCUGAUUUGGGCUGGUCGGGGUCAGUUCAGUGAGCGUGGCAUCACUCGUCAGGUGAAAGACUACCUGAGAUGUGCAAAGCAACAUCCUAUCCACUACGUCGUCCCCAGGGUACAUUUUGUGUUCUUCAACGCAGUCACUCAGCCAAUGGCUGAUUGGCUUCAUCAACUUGGCAUCCGUGUCCAUGGCGAUGUGGUUCCAGUUUGUUCGGAAACAAAGCAAAAGCUGAUGUCUGUACCAGUGUACUUUGAUGAAAGCGAUGGAAAUGAUGAUGAUGAUUAUGAUUUGCUUGGUGAUGGUGAAGAUAGUGUUUCUUGUGAUUCUAGUGAAUAUAAUAUCAUUGCUACUGUUCUCAGUGAUGAUGAUGAUGGUGAUGACGUGUCAUCAAGUUCAAAUCCAAACCAGAAUAUUCAGCAGCUAGAAAUGUCUAGUUGUGCAUCCGUCUGCAGUGAAAUUAGUGCAGACAACAAGCACUUGCUGCACAUUGAGAAAACGGUGCAAACCAUCAUCGACGAGUCCAUGUUGCACUUACGGCAGCUUCUCGAAGAGGAGGAGAAAGGUAAGGAUGAAGAGGAGGAGGAGAAAGGUAAGGAUGAAGAGGAGGAGGAGGUGGGGCUUCCUGACAACGGAGACUCUCGGCAGAAUCUCAGUUUGUUGUUGCUGAUUCAGAAGUGUAUCAAGACACAGGCGCAACCAGUGCAUCCCCAGCAAAGGUCAGCCAAUUCUGCAAUCUGUGUUGAUGCCGACAACAAUGGUGAGAGGAACAUCGACACAAGCGCCAUCAUGUUUACUGCUGAUGCUUCUGAUCCUGGAAACGUAGAGUCAGGCACCAACAAGAAACUACCACAACAACAACAACUGACAUUUGCAUCAUCCUCAUCAGCAUCAUCAUAUCCCUCUUCAUAUGCUUCUUCAUCAUCAUCAUCAUUGGCACCAUCAUCUUUAUCAAUGGCAACCAUCGCAAGAGGAAUGAAUGGUAUCAGAUCCCACCACAUCCGAAUCGUCAAUUUGGACAUCACCACUUUGAUCACUCUAGUCUCUGCUGUCACGCAUGGACACUGCAAUUUCAUUUUCCCAGAGAAAAUCCUUACCUUACAAGCGAAAGAGGAACGAGAGAAACCAGUCCUACCUGAAAUGCUGGAUUUCCUAAAAGGGAAGAAGCUUUGCUGCUGCGAGACUGCAAUGAGGCACUUUUGGACAAUACUGGAUACUCUGGGUGGACAAUCAGAACGGCAACGAGCUGAAGAACUGAUAUCUAAGGUCAAGGUUGUCCCUGACAGGCCUUCUCAAAGGGCUCAUUCUCUACCAUUGACCAGCAAACUGAAAGAAAGAUCAAAGAUUAUAUUCGGCACCGGAGACUCCUUGAAGGCCGUUACAAUGACAGCAAACUCUGGUUAUGUCCGAGCAGCUGAAAAUCAAGGUGUGACGUUUGCUGUUUUCAUUCAUGCAUCAAGAGCUCUGACAGAAGAAAAAGAGAAAUUUGCGAAACCUAUCUCAGAGGAUUCUCAGCAAUAAAGAUGUCUUCAAAAUGAAAGCAAUACAGAAGGAACUUGUGGGUCAUCAUGUAACACACACACACACACACACACUACAAAUGGUGUUUGCAUUGGCAGCUGUUGUUGUGCAUGAUUUCUGUGAUAUAAUUCUUUGCAUAUCUUGGAAUUUUGAAGACCAGGGAUGUCCGUAGGAGAUAUUAUCUCCAGACAAAUACCAGAACAAAUUUUGCCUGUUUAAUGUGUGUGUGUGUGUGUGAUUUUAUAGUUAAAGUUGGUUUUAUCCUGCUUCUCCCUGGAAUCGGUAUACCAGGUAGUAUAUCAAAUGAAGAAAUAUUUUCAAUGAAGAAAUAUUUUAAUGUUCAGUGCAAUGAAGUGGUUGAACUUAUCUUUUAUAUCCAGUAAAUCAAUGGUAUUCUAUUUCACAGCAAUAAUUUGCUAAGAAUAACUUUAUUUUUAUGACUGCAUUUUGACAUUAACUUUUUGUCACUAAGUAUCUAUUUGUAUUGUUAUUGUAUGGUAUAUCUGUGUAGUACAUAAGUAGAUAUAUAUAGAUAAAUAUAUAUAUGCAUACAUAUAUAUAAAUAUAUGCAACUGCAUGUGUUUAAUUUUUUUUUUUCUUUUUGAAAUAUGUAACUUAAGCCAUUUUCACAAAAUUCUGUGCACAAAAUUAAUUGGUCAUGUGAUGGUUAAGACUAAGAUACUAAAACACAAGUUUAUGUCGGUGAACAAUGUAUAAUAAACUCUUUUUACUCUUUUAGUUGUUUCAGUCAUUUGAUUGUGGCCAUGCUGGAGCACUGCCUUUCGUCGAGCAAAUCGACCCCAGGACUUAUUCUUUGUAAGCCUAGUACUUAUUCUAUCACUCUCUUUUGCUGAACCGCUAAGUUACAGGUAUGUAAGCACACCAGCAUCGGUUGUCAAGUGAUGUUGGGUGGACAAACACAGACACACAAACAUAUAACCCGGAACGUUUUUAUAUUCAGUAUGAAAUAGAAAAUUUUUAAGGUAUACUCACCUAAAUGAAAUGUGCAUAAACUAUGUUUACGGAAAGAAUUUAUAGCGAUUACAAAUAAUAUCCCAGUUAUUGAUCUCACGUUGUUUCAUUAAAUUGUGCUUUAACUCCAAAUAAUGUAACCAUAUUUUACACUGGGAAAACAUUCAUAGAAUUGAUUUGCUUCUGGCUGAUCUGAAAAUAGUAAAUGAAGAUAACUAGUAAAUUUUGCAACGCAUGGAUCUAUGCAUGUUAACUGUGUUGCCUUUCAGCAAAUAAUCUAACAUCCUAAUACUACACAAUGUAUUGUGUAGUUAAUUAUGUUUCAUACAUUUGUAACAGUCCAAUGGAUAGAAAUUCACAAAUAAAUAAUAAAUAAAUAACAUAUGAUGAACAAUGCAAUAGAAUGGACAAUAUAAGAAAUAAUACAUUACAAGGGCAUACUGAAAAGUUCCUGGCUUUGGGUAAAAAAAAAUACAGGAGGAUCAGUUAAUUAGGAUUUUAUUUAACAUAUCCCCCUCUCAGAUUCAUGCAUUUAUUGCAGUGGUCCUUCAGUUUUUUUAAGCCCUGUAAAAGAAUCUGAAGUUUGGGCCUCCAACCAAGCCUUUUGCAAUAUUUUUAAAGCCAGGAACUUUUCUGCACCCCAUGUAUAUAUUAGCUUAAUCACUUGUUGAGCAGAAUGGCACAGUGAGGUGCAUGAAAGCAGGUUAUUGUAUUUUAUGUUCACUUGAUCUUUUGACAAAUACUUUUAUAUUUCCAGUCAUUUUGUACCAGUUGCAUAUCUCCUCUACGAUAUUCAAAUACCAUUGCUUGUCUUUCAAAGCCAACCACCUGCAGUUCUUCAUUGCAGGAGAAUUCUCUGUCCAUUAUAUGGUGCUUCAAAUUUGAAGACCGGUGAAAAUCACAGAGAGGAAGGUCUGAUGACUAUAUAUAUAUAUAUAUUUACUUGCCAUAUAUGUACUUGUGACAGCAUUUACGCAGGGUGAAUUGUGCUGGCUCCAGCCGAGUCCAUCACGUCCCUCACAAACGCUGACCCCAUUGGAUGGUCAGCCCCAAUGUUUCAGCAGGCAAGGUUAUGCUUCUGCCUGCAGCCCAAAAAGCCUGCUCGCAAAUUUGAGAGUAGCAGGCGCAGUGGAUAAUGUAGUGACUAUUUAUUAUUGAAGUGCAGUGUUCAUGUUCAGAGUUUCAGGGGAAAUACAAGUUCACAUGUGGUCCCUAAUCACAUGCAUAAACACUUUGGGAUAGUAUGAUUCAUAGCAGUUCAUCACCAAUUAUUGGAGCAGACAUUGCCUGAAUUUGAAGCAGGUGGUAUCCAUGCUAAUUAAUCCAAAGCCAGGAUUCUAAUAGGUGUUACUACUCCAGGCCAGAGAAAGUCUGGGAACAACAAUGGGCUAAGAAGUGAUUUCACGUUCCUCAAAUACAUGGAACUCCUGUACCAAGGCCCAACUACUGGAUGCCAAAAAGCAUAUAUUAUAAUUACUGUAAUUUUGUGUUUUCCUCAUUUCUGUAGAUAAUUAAAGAUUAAUUAAACA